CUGCUGCAGUCCACGCCAACACGCUGAAGUUGAUCUUCCGGGUUGGUUGGAGAUGUUUGUGCUGUGUGUGGACACUUUAAACUAAGGUCAACAUAUCCUGGAGGAGGGAGAAGAAAUGGCUAAUAAGUCUCUGCCAGAGCGAACCUUCCAGUACCAAAACAACCUGCCACCGCUGCCUGUCCCGUCACUGGAGAGUAGCCUUUCCAAGUACCUGGAUGCAGUUCAACCAUUUGCCUCUGAGAAAGAGUUUGAAGCUACAGUCGCCACUGUGAGGAAAUUUCAAGAGGGUGUUGGCAAAGAGCUGCACCAGAAACUGCUGCAGAGAGCCAAGACGAAGAAGAACUGGCUGGAAGAAUGGUGGUUAGACACUGCUUAUCUGGAGGUCCGGGUCCCCUCUCAGCUGAAUGUGAACUUCGGUGGUCCGGCGCCUUACCUGGAGCAUUGCUGGCCUCCUGCAGAGGGAACUUCUCUGCAGAGGGCCAGUAUUACCACAUGGCACACACUACAGUACUGGAACCUGAUCCGCACGGAGAGGCUGGCUCCUCAGAAAGCUGGCAAAACAGCUUUAGAUAUGGACCAGUUCAGAAUGCUGUUCUGCACAUGCAAAGUACCUGGAGUGAAGAAGGACACCAUCCAUAACUACUUCAAAACAGAGCGUGAGGGUCCUUGUCCGUCCCAUUUGGUAGUAAUUUGUCGUGGACGGAUCUUCACAUUUAAUGCACUCUCUGCGGAUGGACAAAUCCUCACUCCUCCAGAACUAUUCAGGCAGCUGAGCUAUGUGAAAGAGCGCUGUGAUAGAGAGCCAGAGGGAGACGGAGUGUGCGCUCUCACCUCAGAGGAGAGGACUCGUUGGGCGAAGGCCAGAGAACAUCUAAUUAGCAUCGAUCCACACAAUAAGACCAUCCUGGAGACUAUCCAGAAAAGCUUGUUUGUCAUAUCUCUGGAUGAAGCUAAACCCUACUCCACUCCAGAGAACUACACGAAUAUGACCCAGGAAGCACUUGCAGGAAACGCAACCAUCCGCUGGGGUGACAAAUCGUACAAUUCACUUGCGUUCUCAGACGGCACUUUUGCAUCCUGUUGUGAUCAUGCUCCAUAUGAUGGCAUGAUACAGGUGUCAUUGUGUUGGUAUGUGGACCAGCAAAUUAAAGCUACAGAAGGCAAAUGGAAGGGCUCAGAUGCAGUCAGACCCAUGCCUCCUCCUGAGGAGCUGGUGUUUACUGUGGACGAAAAAGCCCGGAGUGAUAUCAGCCACGCCAAACAGCAAUACCUGGAGUCGGCCCAGGACCUGCAGGUUGUCUGUUACGCCUUCACAGCAUUUGGAAAAGCAACCAUCAAACAGAAGAAGCUGCAUCCAGACGCCUUUGUUCAACUAGCGAUGCAGCUGGCCUACUACAGAAUGCACAAAAAGCCAGGAAGUUGUUAUGAGACAGCAAUGACUCGCAAGUUCUACCACGGCAGGACGGAGACGAUGCGACCCUGCACCAAGGAGGCUCUGAACUGGUGUACAGCCAUGAUGGACCCAAUGUGUGAUGAUAAAGGCAAGAGGAAAGCCAUGCUGCGGGCCUUUGAUACACACAACAAACUGAUGGCUGAAGCCCAGGAAGGAAAAGGUUUUGACAGACAUCUUCUUGGGCUGUAUCUUAUCGCCAAAGAGGAGGGACGUCCCACUCCAGAACUCUUCGUGGAUCCCCUCUAUGCAAAGAGUGGUGGAGGUGGUAACUUUGUGCUGUCGUCCAGUCUGGCGGGUUACACUACAGUCCUGGGUGCCGUAGCUCCCAUGGUGCCCCAUGGCUAUGGCUUUUUCUACCGCAUCAGAGAUGACAGGAUUGUGAUGUGCAUCACAGCGUGGAAAUCUUGCCGUCAGACUGAUGCUGCGUCACUAUUCAACUGCUUCAACAGCUCCCUGCACGAGAUGCUCCACCUGGCCACCACAUCUCAGCUAUAAGUGCUCACGAGAACAGACAGGGUCACUAAACACAGGCUAUUACUAGCUAUUACUACUACUAGCACGUGUUUGAACCCUAUUGGACACACAAUUUGCAACAUUACUAUCAUUGGCUGACAGCUAGUGAUUGUUUGUUCUCAGCACAAAUCAACAGAUUCUGUUUGUUGUGGUGCAAAAUUGGACUUCUUUUUCUUCUCUAAUGGACAAAGAUUUAACAGAAACAGACUGUUCAAUGGUGUUUUGACAGCCUAAUAGCUUAUAAUAAAGCUUAUAAUAAAAAGCAUUCCAAUAUAUCCUAUAAAUAUAUAUUUUUAUAAAUUAAAUUAAAUGGAUUUUUCUUAUUUUUUGAAUGAAAACCUACUGAAAUAUGUAAUAAUAUCACUCAACUAUUAAAUUUGAGUAA